AUUGUCUCAAUGGAAGCAGUACCAGCCUGGGCCCCAGCAGUGGGUUUCACACUCUUGCCCCAUGCAGGAGGAUUUUUAGGAAGCAAGAUAACCAAAAAGGAAAUCCCAGUGUGGUAUGAAUCUCUACAGAAGCCAUCCUGGUGUCCACCUAACUGGGUGUUUGCUCCUGUUUGGGGAACUCUCUAUACAUCUAUGGGAUACGGCUCCUACCUGGUGUGGAAGGAACUGGGGGGCUUCAAUGAAAAGUCAGUGGUUCCUCUGGGUCUCUAUGCGGGGCAGCUGGCAUUAAACUGGGCAUGGACUCCAAUAUUUUUUGGAGCUCACAAAAUGGGAUGGGGGUUGGUAACUCUCCUGCUCACGACUGGUACGGCAACAGCUACAACUGCUUCCUGGUAUAACAUCAACAAAACAGCGGCUUAUUUGAUGGUUCCUUAUUUAGCUUGGCUAACCAUGGCUUCUGCACUCAAUUACCGUGUCUGGAAGGACAAUCGCAACAAGAAACAAUCUGAAUAAACAGUUUUCAACCAAGCUUUUUUUUUUUUUAAAAAAUAAUUUUCUAAAUAAAGUUAUGGCCUUAUUUUAUUUUUAGCUGAACUACUUACAGCAUUAGUUUGCUAGUGACAAGUUGACAAAGCAGCACUUGUUUGAAACAAAUACGUCUUUACUAGGCAAGUCACAAAGGGGUGUAUGCCUGACUGGGUUUUAUAGCAAACUAGAAGAUAGCCUUGAUUGAAAA